AUGCCGCCCCCGGUGCCGCCCCCGGCGCCGCCCCCAGCGCCGACGCCCCCAGGAUUCGCCCCUCCUCCCGACGCCGCCCACCCCUUUCGCCGCAAGGCCAUCCCCUCCAGAGCGCUGCCCGGCAGUUCGUGGACGUACCGCUGCUGCUGCUACUGUUGUUGUCGCUGUCCUCCCGCAGAGGGCGCCGCCUGCUGGGACGACUCGUCCGCCGCCCCCGGCACCUGCCGCAGGGUCCGCCACUGCCGCAGCGCGCUCGGCGCCAUCCUCGAGCGCCGGCCGCUGCCGCGCCGCUGCGGCUUCGUCGGCUUCGACGAGGUCGUCUGCUGCACGGACGACCGUCGCGACGACACGGGGCGCGACGAGUACGACGGCGGCGUCCCGGCUGACUGCUGGGAUCGGUACGACGACGGAGACGACGAGGUCCGAGAUCCGUACUGGGACGCCGGUGACAACGACAUCUGGGCAGACGAGGGCCGCGCGGGGAUCGAGGAGGAACGGCCCAGUGUAGCAGCCUGCCGCAAAUACAAAAACGAGCGGAGCGGCCCUGAGUUCUACAUUCUCCUAGGCAAACUGGUUGGCCAACUCGAAUUCCCACACAUGGCGGCGCUGGGCUACAGCGUGGCGGGCACGGAGGGCCUCAGCUGGCUGUGCGGAGGGACCCUCAUCAGCGACCAGUUCGUCCUCACCGCGGCCCACUGCUGCGCCAAUAGGGUCACGGGCAGGCCGGUGGCAGUACGCCUCGGGACGGUCGAUCUGACGUCCACAGGAGACUAUGACGCUCAGUACGGGAUCUCAGAAGUCGUGCUGCACCCCAGCUACAGGAAGCGGCAGUAUUACAACGACAUAGCGCUGCUGAGGCUGGACAGGAGGGUGGAGUUCAGCGACGCCGUCUUCCCCGCCUGUCUCAACACGCAGGACGGAGACCCGCCCAGCUUCACUGCCGCCGGCUGGGGCGCCACGAACGCUGCCGGAACGCGAAUGAGCUCAACGCUUCUGAAGACCACAAUUUACCCAUUCCCAUUAUCGGACUGCCAAAACGCUUAUAAGGACAAAUUUCCAAAAGAAAUUGACUCAUCAAUAAUAUGUGCCGGAGAUCCAGAAGGAAAGACUGAUACCUGCGGGGGAGAUUCUGGAGGACCUCUGGUCAUGGGGAAGUCGGCACCUUACACGGCUGUAGGCAUCACUAGUAUGGGUCCAAAACCGUGUGGAGGUAAUGUGCCCAGUAUUUACACCCGUGUGUCACAUUACAUUGAUUGGAUAGAAGAUCACGUCUGGCCCUGACAUGAAAGGACAAACGUCAAGGAUUUCUCAAGCACGUUUACGGAUGUGUUCUCUCUUGCAUUCAAACUUUACCAAAGAUUUUUAAGUUUUAUGUCAUUAAUGUU